UUUCAGACGAACGGUAUAGACUCGUAAAAAUGGUUGUCAUAGAGAAAAUUUUAAGUUUUCUUGAAGAUCCCAGAUACCCAUCAGUAGGGCCGCAUAUUAGAUUGUUAAGUCUCACAGGCUUGUGGCAUCCAGAUUUGAAAUCGCCGAAAUCCCGAUUCAAAAUAAUUAUUUUCUUAGUGACUGUCGCUUUCUUCUUGAGCCAGUACGUAAAAUGCAUCAUAAAAUUCAACACCGAUGAUCUCAAAUUGAUUUUACAAUAUGCUCCUUUCCAUAUGGGUAUCAUUAAGACAUGUCUAUUCCAGAAAGAUUAUAAAAUAUGGGAAGAAUUAAUCGAUUUCAUAUCCUCAGUUGAACUGAAACAAAUUUCUAGGAAAGAUGAGAAUCUUGAUAAGGUAAUGAAGGCUUAUAUUCGUAGGAACCGACGUGUGUCAUAUUUUUUCUGGGCACUUGCUUUUUUCUCGAAUUUCAGUAUAUUUACUGAACCUUAUCAAAAAAAUAACUUCAAUGUAAAUGGCACCAGUACCUAUCUGUAUAUAUUUGAUGGUUAUACCCCUUUUAGUAGAGAACCAAAUGGUUAUUAUUUCUCUAUGUGCAUUCAAACUAUGCUUGGUCAUAUAGUUAGCGCUUAUGUCAUUGCUUGGGAUACUUUAGUUGUCUCCAUAAUGAUAUUCUUUGCUGGACAACUCAAAAUAACCAGGUUGUAUUGCACGAGAAUGAUUACUGCGAACAAUGAAGAAAGUCAUAGAAAUAUUGCCGAAUGCCAUCGUUUUCACACUUCAUUGGUCAAGUAAGAUGAUUUUCAUUAGUAAU